AUGGUCAAGAAAAGGAGAUAUUUCGAUACCGAGACAUCUGAUCCGAUCCAUGGUCCUAAUAGUGUAAUAAAAAGCGAAUCUGCACCUGGUUUAGGGCCGAUAGCGAAUGACAAAGAAGAGACUCAUGAAGAGCAGAUAAUUGAUGACGUUGAAAUUAUAGAGGCUGAAGAUUUUUCGAAAUCGAGUGCAAACAACACGUUCAAAUCAUUUGAAGAUCAACUCAAAUCUGUGCUUGGGCACUUAGAUUCUCUGAUCGUUGAAUCUUUAUAUAAAAGAUACUUUAAGCAGCCGAAUAAUCUUACGUUGGCCAUCAACGAUUAUUUGUCACAUACUUACGAGGAUAAAGCUUUGAAUGAUAGUAACGACAAGCAACGUCGUCCAGAAGUUACUCAAAUAGAAGUCGUCGAUGACAAUCUGAUUUCAAGUAGUCGUAAAUGGCAUAAAUACAUUGGAUCAUUAAACGUUCAGGCCUGGGCAACAAGGCCAACUAUGAAACCUCUUCAAUAUACGGAGAAGCUUGAGCUUAAGAAACUAGUAACAAAGAGUUCAAAAAAUAAUGGGCUAGUGACUGUGAGAGUAUUUACAGUCCCAAAAUCAGAUAAGGAAUACUCACGAGAAAUUGGUAGAAUAUCGGAGGAUAUCACUCGUAUAAUAGCGCCUUUGCUUGACUUGGAUAUCGCAGAAUUUGAUACCACUGUUAUGUUGAGUACGAGUAAAAGAUUAUCUAUUGGUGAUUCAUUCUAUGUUCAGAUCGAUUGUUUUCUAAAAAGUAAUGCAUUUGAGGAUAUCUCUAAUAUCCCAGAUAAUGACCACAAUUCACCUGUGAAAAAGAAGAAAAAAAUAUUCGACGGAAGUGCCACAAUAGAAAACGAAAAAGAGUCAAUUUUAAGGCAUAGGCAAUUUGCAGUAUCACAUUUAUUUGAAUGCCUUGGAAUAUCACCCUGCAAACAUGAAGAAAGUCCUGGAGAUGGGUCAUCAGUUCAAUUGAUAAACGACGACUUUAAGAGUGAAGGAGUAGCAAAUAGUGCUGAAGACAUUAAUCUUGAUCAUUUGAAAGAAAUCUAUCAAAACAACAAUCCUAUUCAUUUUCUUGAAAACUUGCCGGACACCACCACACCUCCAAAAAAAAACUUUAACCUUGACUUACGUAAAUAUCAAAGGAUCGGUUUAGGGUGGAUGUUGGUUCGGGAAAGUGAGAUAGAAAUGUUGGAGCAAUUAUCUAAAACUGAUGAUGGGGCUACCUUGUCUUCUCAGUCCAAAAGUAAUAUUAUUAUGAAACGUGAUAGUCAUCUAAAUCCCUUAUGGAAAAAGUAUGCUUGGCCCAAUGAUCGGUCCAUUGAAGCAAAUAAGUCUUCAGAAGAAGUUCUCUGCUCGACUUCUUUUUUUUAUGCUAACAUGUACAGCGGAGAAAUGUCUAUUGAUAAACCAGUGAUUAAAGUCACGGUAAAGGGUGGAAUAUUAGCAGAUGAAAUGGGUCUAGGAAAGACGAUAUCCGCUUUAUCGUUGAUAAAUUCUGUUCCUUAUGACUCUGUAGAUUCAGAUUCGAUCGAAAAAAAUUAUGCUUACAGAUCCACCUUAGUUGUUUCACCCAUGUCUUUGCUUUCGCAAUGGAAAAGUGAAUUUGAAAGAUCAAACAAUAAUCCCAAUCAUAGAUGUCUAAUUUAUUAUGGAGGAAAUACAGAAUCUGAUUUACGGGCUCUCUUAUCGAGAAAUAAUAAAAAUGUGCCUGUUGUAGUAAUAACGACAUAUGGCACAAUAGCAAGUGAGUACUUUAAACGAUCUAAGAAGGGUUUUCCUUUGGGACUAUUUUCUCUUAAGUUUUUCAGAAUUAUAAUUGAUGAGGGCCAUAUCAUAAGAAAUAGAAAUACAAAAAUUGCAAAAGCAGUGUUUGAAUUAUCUCUGUCAAGGAGGUGGGUGCUAACUGGAACACCUAUAAUUAAUAGAUUGGAUGACUUAUAUUCCUUGGUAAGAUUUUUAAACUUAGAACCAUGGUCAAAUAUAUCUUAUUGGCGAACUUUUGUUAGUCUGCCUUUUGAGCUGAACGAAAUGCUGCAAACAUUCGAAGUCAUCAAGCAUAUUUUAGAUCCCAUUUUUUUGAGAAGGACGAAAGACAUGAAGCUGAAAGAUGGAAAGCCUCUCAUUGAACUACCGUCGAAGGAUGUCAUAAUAAAGCACAUAAAGUUUAAUAAGUAUGAAGAAGCGGUAUAUAAUUGGUUUAAGAAUAGAGCAUCGAACUCUUUCAAAGAAGGAAUGAAAAGUGGUCUGUUAUUGAAGCGGUAUUCUCAGAUAUUGACACAUAUUUUGCGAUUAAGACAAAUAUGUUGCCAUACUGACUUAGUGGGGACCUUAAAUGAUAUUGAAGAGGAGGUCGAUAACAGUGAAGAUGGAUUGAGCGAAAGUCAGCAAAUGAAGGCUCAGUUAAAAGGCGAAUUCAAGAGUGAUGUUGAAUCUGAAGACGAAGUCCAAAAGGCUAUGAAUUAUAUUUACCAAAAUUUCAAAUUAGUGAAUUCAGAAUGUUCUAUUUGUACUGAAUCACCCAUUCAAAUUCAGGAAUUGUCUAUAACGCCUUGCUGUCAUUGCUUUUGUCUAGAUUGUAUUCUAGAGCAUAUAGACUUCCAGGUUUCGUCUAACCAAACUCCAUUAUGUCCUAACUGUCGGGAGCCGAUAUUUAAAUCAAAACUCUUUAAAGUGAGAAUAUUGAAUCAAGAUAAAGUUACAGUUUUCAAGGCUGAUAGCAAUAUCGAACUAGAUUUCCAGCUUUAUCUUUAUGAUCAAACUAAAAUAUCCUCCAAAAUUCAGGCUUUGAUAAACUUUAUCAGGCAGGAAAAUAGAAUAGGGGAACAGCUUAUAGUGUUCUCACAAUUCUCGUCAUUCUUGGAUAUUCUUGAAACAGAAAUUGAGUCUCAUCUUGGCUCAAAAGUUGUCAUAUAUAAAUUUGAUGGAAGAUUAUCAUUGAAGGAACGACAGCGCAUCUUAGACAAAUUCAGUGACCGUUCGGUGAAUUCCGACAAGAUUACUAUUUUGUUAUUAUCAUUAAAAGCUGGUGGUGUGGGUCUCAACUUAACCUCAUGUUCUACCGCGGUCUUGAUGGACCCGUGGUGGCUGCCAAAUGUGGAAGAACAAGCAAUUGACCGUAUUCACCGCAUAGGGCAAGACAAGAAUGUAACAGUAGUGCGCUUUAUUGUGGAAAACAGUAUAGAAUCAAAAAUGCUUAAAAUACAAGAGCGCAAAAAACAGCUCGGUGAAGUGGUCAUAGUAGAAGAGGACGAGCGCCGAAAGCGGAGAAUUGAAGAGAUUAAAUUAUUGUUUGAUGAGUAA